AUGUCUCCCAAGACAAACAACUCCAACAAGGCGGCUCUCGCUAAUAUGCAGUUUGGCUCCAUGAGCACCGACAUGUGCGCGUCCGUCGCAGGUUUCUCCAGCAACGAGUUUGGUUCAACCCGAGACCAAAACACGACUUCCACGGGAUCCACCGGCCCCGAAGAGUUUAUCGAUUUCGAAGAAAACGACCUUGGCGAUGAUGAGGAUGACCAGGACGACGAGGACGAAAUUGACUCCAGCGAGAACGACGAAUCUGACGAGUUCGAGCUUCACGACGACGAGGAUGAUGACUACGAGGUCAACCCUGUCAUCGAACGCAUGCUCAAGAUCGCCGAGGAAAAGGCUCUCGAGCAAAAUGUCAUCCUCCCACAGUUUGGCACAAUCAGCGAGCGCUAUUCUGGCAGAGACAUCGGCGACCCCUCAAGUCCCGCUUACGACGAGCUUGGCUCUAUCGACAAUCGAGACGCGGCUUCCAAGGACCUCGACAAGAUCAAGGCCGUUUUUGUAGUCGACAAGGACCGCUUCGACAUUCGGACUCUGAAAGUCGAGCCAGAGGUUUGGAUUGAUUUUGAAGAAUUCGACUUCGGCGAGGACGAGGAGGAUGAUGACAACCUUGAGGCCAACUCCGUCACCAACAGACAACCCAAGCUCGUCGAAGAAAAUAUCCACGAACAGGAUGCCGUCGUCCCACCAGUUCGCCAAUACAAUAUCAUCAAGGAGCUUCCAAAGCAUUCGAAAUUCCAGGAUAACCGCCCAGCUUACGAAGCCCUAAUCAUCAUGGAGAAGCCGACCAUCUCAGCAGCGGCUGCAUUGGGUAUAUCUGGAGACAAUGUUGAACUGGCUGUAUCUGAAGACGAUGUUGAACAAGCAAGCGAUCAAGGACAGACCCCAUCUCGUGAGCUUUUCACCACACAAGAUCCCCUGGCUCUUUGGGAGCAGAUCGAGCUCGCCCCAUGGGAGGUUGAGCAUUGUGCAAAGGCAAUCUACACCAUGCUGCAACGCAUCCGAUCAUACAAAGAGUUCACUUCGGAGCUUUUGCAAAAGGAGUGGGCUAUGGCCAUUGAAGAGAACUGGGGUCCUCCUAUUCUUGGCAGUCUCAAGCGCGCCGCGGAGGCUGAGUUCUGGAAGAACAAGAAGGAUGAGAGGGAGAAGGUUCUCAGGAAACUCUGCAACCAGAUGAGCCUCGUGUGA